GAGCAUUCAGAUGACAAUCUUUCUUACUCAAUUAAAACCAGAAAUGGAACGUACCUCCUAAAACUGAAGAAAAAUAGAAAGCUUGUUAGUGAAGACUUUAUGCUAUAUACAUAUGGGAAAAAUGGGAAACUGGAGGCAACACAACCAAAAAACAAGACAUUCUGUUAUUAUCAUGGAACUGUUGAAGGAGUUGCUGACUCAAUGGUUGCUCUUGGCACGUGUGAUGGCCUUAGAGGAAUUCUCUACAUCGGUGGCAGAUGGUAUGGAAUGGAGCCACUCAACACAUCCAGCACAUUUGAACAUGUGUUUUACCAGUUAGAAGAUAUGCAGGAUAUCCCCUUCCAAUGUGGUGUACUGAACAGCAGCCUUCAUCAUGAGAUGUUUGUGAAGCACUCUGUGAAAUACAUGUUUUUAUCAAACAGCACUUCUAGCAGGGAAACGCUUUUGAGGAAGAAGCGAGCUGUCCUGCCACAGAAAAGCUACGUGGAAUUAUUUGUGGUUGUGGAUAACAACAGGUUUUUGCUGAAGAAAUCUGAUCCUGCUGCAGUGCAAAAGGAAACAGUUGAGCUGAUUAAUUAUGUUGAUGGGAUGUAUAGAGCAUUAAACAUCCAGAUUGUUUUGGUUGGAUUAGAGAUCUGGACAGAUACAAACUUUAUCUCUGUAAUGGAUGGUUCAGCUGGAGAUGUACUAAGUAGAUUUGUUUCUUGGAGACAGAAAGUUCUUCUUAAGCGGUCACGUAAUGAUGUUAGCCACCUCGUCAUAGGGAGAAGCUCUUACGGUGGAUCCAUUGGGAUGGCUUUUGUGGGUACGGUCUGCUCACAAGUCCAGGGAGGGUCAAUCAGCACUUUGAAUCAUAACAACAUGUUACGUCAUGCUACAGUAGUUGCACAUGAACUGGGGCACAAUCUUGGGAUGAAACAUGAUGAUAAAAGGUGUCCUGCAUCCUAUAUCAUGCACAGCACAGAUAAUGGAUCCAGGAAUUUCAGCACCUGCAGUGCUGAUGAUUUUGAGAAUCUUAUUUUAAAUGGAGGUGGAAACUGCCUUAGAAAUCCUCCCAAAACAAGCAAUGUUUACAAAGAACCCGUCUGUGGUAAUAAUGUGGUCGAUGACAAUGAAGAAUGCGACUGUGGCAAACCACAGGAAUGUACUAACCCUUGCUGUGAUGCUGCAACCUGCAAACUCACACCUGGGUCACAAUGUGCUCAAGGGCUGUGCUGCCAAAAUUGCAAGUUUAAGGUGGCAGGAACAGAGUGCAGAUCGAAAAUGGAUUUCUGUGAUUUACCUGAAUACUGCAAUGGCAGCAAUGCCUACUGUCCAGAGGAUGUUUAUAUCAUGAAUGGUCACCCAUGUGACAACAUGAAGUCAUAUUGCUACUAUGGAGUAUGCCAGAGUUUUGAUUCACAAUGUGAAUCUAUAUAUGGAAAAGGGGCACGAAAAGCACCUGAUGUAUGCUUUGAAAAAGCAAAUAUUAAAGGAGACAGAUUUGGAAACUGUGGAAUGAGAGGUGGAGUGUACAAGAAAUGUCCUGUUCAGCAUAGUCUGUGUGGCAAGCUCCAGUGUACGUCUGUUAGUCUUCAAAAUCUUCCUGCUUGGAGUGUUGUCAAUAACGCAUCUGGGGUUUUAUGCUGGUCUUCUGACUUUGAUUUAGGAUCAGAUGUCCCUGAUCCUGCUCAAGUUCAUGAUGGAACAGCCUGUGGAGAAAACAAGGCCUGUUUAGAUUUUGAAUGUGUUAAUGCAAGUCAUCUGGGCUACAGCUGUGAUGUAAAGCAGGAGUGUAACGAUAAUGGGGUGUGCAACAACAACGGGAACUGCCACUGCAAUUCUGGGUGGGCUCCUCCGUCGUGCAGCCGGUCGGGCUACGGCGGCAGCGUCGACAGCGGUCCGGCUCACGUAGAUACAUCACUUCGGGAUGGCCUGCUUAUUUUUUUCCUCCUUGUGUUGCCAGUAGUAACCGUUACUGUAUUAGCAGUAAUUAAGCGUGAUGCAAUAAAAAGGAAGUUUUGCAGGAAAAGCAGAAGACAGCACAGGGAUAAAAAUGUGCAGCAACCAAAUGAAAAUAACAGACCAAGUCAUAACACAAGAAAUAAUCAGCCUGCCACAUCAAGCCCUGAUUUUUUUACCAUAUCACAUUUCCCUGCUCCAAGGCAGGCAGCACAAAGCCCGUUUCCUGCCAUUCCUUCAGGACCUCAGCUGCCCACGGUCCCACCUAGACCAGCUGUCUGA